AGAGCGCGCGUCUGUGCAAGUGCCGGGAUAAGGGAAAGGUCUACUUCGGUGGGCAGCAAGUGGUGCGCUUGUGUCGUCAUAAGGUUGGGUGGGGCUUGGGGAAGGGGUGGGAGUCGAGGACGCGGAGGCGUGCUGUGAGCAGCGGGAGAGGGAGGGGUGGGUUGUUUCUGGGGAGAGGGAGGGGUGGGUCGUUUCUCGGGAGAAGGAGGGGUGGGUUGUUUCUCGGGAGAGGGAGGGGUGGAUUCGGACAGAAGAAGAGGAAUGUUCUGGCAGUAUACAGGUUGUUGACGUUUACGAUGGCAAGGAUCAAGGAGCUGGCAUCGCGGCCGUACAAUUCUUUCUGUGCCGAUUGCGGAGAGCCGAACCCGAAGUGGGUAUCAUCCAAUAUUGGCGUAUUUGUCUGUAUUCAGUGUUCAGGAGCGCAUCGUGGCUUGGGUGUGCACAUUUCCAAGGUGCUGUCAGUUACAUUAGAUGACUGGACGGAGGAGCAAGUUGAUACACUGGAGUCACUUGGUGGCAAUGAACAUUUGAACAGUCUCUGGGAAGCGAAUAUGUCUCCAGGUGUGGAGAAGCCCACAUCUGACACCCCAUCUGACAAGCGCAGAGACUUCAUCAGACGGAAGUAUGCGCUUCAAGAGUUCAAGGAAAGCAGAAAGAGCUCUCCGCGAAGUCCUAGAGUGCAAGGGACAACAGCUGGAUCACCUCCUUCUCCAUUUUCGAGGAUCAGAUCGUUCAGCCCCUUGUCCUGGUUUGGCAGCCACAAGCUUAGCUCCAAGACAUUUAGAACAGAAUCGACAGGUGCAUCCAUUGAGCAGAGUGCCAUGACUGUCUUCAUUGGCCUCCUGAAAGUUCAUGUAAUCAGAGGAAUCAACCUUGUCGCAAAAGAUGUGAAGUACAGUGAUCCAUAUGUUGUGGUCACACUAGGAAAGCAGACAGCAAAGACUUCAGUGAUUAAGAGAAACCUCAACCCUGUGUGGAAUGAGACACUCAUGCUGUCUAUUCCAGACCCAGAGGAAAAACUAAAGCUGUCUGUGUUUGACCGAGACCGCUUCACACAGGAUGACCCUAUGGGCCGAGCAAGUGUGGAUCUUUCGACAUUGGCAGCAGGAGCAGCGGCUCUUGAAAAGUGGAAGGAAUCCGAUCCAUCCGUUAGAGCUAGCAGAGGUCGGUGGGUCGGCAAGGUGAUAGACGGAGGAACUCGAGUGAUUGUGCGCAAUGGCUGCUUGGAUGUCGUGAAUGGUAAUGUGAGACAAUCUCUUGUACUACAGCUGGAGGAUGUGGAGAGGGGGGAGAUAGAAGUGCAGUUGGAAUGGAUGAACUUGGCUCAGUAAGCGGUCCUUGUGCUGUCCAUGAGAGGUACCACAGACGCCAUACCUGGUCGUGCAUCAACUAGUUGCUCGAUUUGUGAAUGGGCUUCAGGCAGGUCGUGCUAUGCUUAAUCCUGCAGUGACUUGUGCAUUUAAGGGAACCUCUGGUUGGUAGUGCAUCACCGAGUUGCUGGAUGUGUGAAUGGGCUUCAGGCAGGUCGUGCUACGCUUAAUCCUGCAGUGACCUGUGCAUUUAAGGGAACCUCUGGCUGGUAGUGCAUCACCGAGUUGCUGGAUGUGUGAAUGGGUUUCAGGCAGGUCGUGCUAUGCUUAAUCCUGCAGCAACCUGCGUAUUCAAGGGAUCAUUGGCGAAGGAACGUCGUGAAGAGGACAACAAACACACAAUGAUGUUGAUAGUGAUGCUGACGAUGAUGGUCAAGAUAUCGUGCCGGGGACUUCCUCUGGGAAGGGGAGAGCGUUUUCUUCUGCCAUGAUCCAGGACAAAAAACACAACCUUGGCGCUUUGCAUGGGAAAGGGAUAGUGUCACGCACGUUUCUGCCAUGAUUUUGGACAUUAUGCGUAUGAAAGGCAACAAGGGACACUAUGCGUACGAUUUCGGACAUAUAUCUUCUUCUGCUGUGCCUCGCCUCGCUUAGAUAAAGCCUGCUAUAGGUCAACUUGCUGUAGUGCAUGUCUGGUAAUGGCUGUGAGGGGUUCUGGCAUUCUUGUCACAUUGGUUACAACGACUGCGGAGAUUCUUAAGUGGGGCGUCUGGUCCAUGAAGCUGAGCAUACAUGUUAUUCUGCAAAGAAAGCAAGACUUAUGAAGGUAUGGGGAACUCUCAUGAGUAGGAUCGCAAGAUCGAUCCAUGCUACAUCAACAGGGAUAUGAUAUCUGCUCAUGGAGUACCAUGGUUUUCGUCUGGCAGCGCCGGGGGGUCAAUGCUCUGCGUUAGCUGUCUUCGGUGAUAGGCAAGCGACAUUGGCACGGUGCAAGAUGAUUUUGCAAGCAUGCGACAUCAGGUUUCCUGGCAGUUUGUUAUCAGGAGAAAGGUUAUUUGUGCUUGCAGCAAUUGAGGGUGUGGCAUUGUAGUCGGCAACAAGGCGGUGGUUUGGGGAUCUGGAGGGGAAUGUUUUUUAUUCAGAUCUUGACGGAGUAGGUGGCGGACGAGGUGGUUGAUGUGAUGACUAUGCAAGGUGGUAAUGUGAGCAUUAGGACGUGGACAUGUGUUUCGAAGUACGCCUGCAUGGGACUGAAGUAGCUGUGUACAUACUUGGCAUAGACCGGCUGAUGCAGUUGGAUGCCUGUAGAAAGGAAUGGAGAGAUUAGAUUUGAGGGGAUUUUUUUUUGUUUUUUUUUUGUUUUUUUAAUUUCUUUCUUUUCUUUUUCCUUGCAAUGAGGAAGUUAUUCAAGGCCGGCUUCAUGAAUGUACCAGGCAGAGAGGAGUGCCUGUGGAUUAUUUGGUAAAAGAAAAGCAGGGCUAGCCUGGACGUUGGGGGCUCGUAUUAGAGUCGGUCGUUGUGUUUGUGUUAAUUUGCUAACCAAUCGCUGUCCGACGUUGUGUUCGCGUUAAUUUGCUAAGCAGUCGCUUUCCGUCGUUGUGUUCGCGUUAAUUUGCUAAGCAGUCGCUUUCCGGUUAACGUCACUGGCUGAAUCGCCAUACAAGGGUACGUAUGCGAUCUUGCUAGGAUGCAAGCUGGGCACUUGUGACUUCCCCUGCUGGAGGGAAUGGGAUGAGUGAGGGUUCCUUCUACUUCCUCAGAAAUGUUAAGCAACCAUGUACUUCGUAUGUGAGCGGGGUUGUUGUGGCGGCGGAGGGGGCAGCAGAGAGUGAGUGGUCUUGGGGAGUGGGGUGGGCUGUAGGGAGGAUAAUGUUCUAUGUGUUUUUUGGGCAUGGGAAGGGGAGGAAGCUGGAGGAACUGUAUGAGGAUAUAAUAUACAAUACAACAAUGUGAUUGGCUGGUUGGUAGAGAACAGAAGCUGGGCAUGCUGUCACUGACGAUGAUGCAUUCGAGGAAGUCGCUUGACGUGUCUGAAGCAGAGUACUAUCAACGCGAGUUUCUGGAAGUCGCUUGACGUGACGUUGGUAUUCACGUCCUCCGCGCCUCUUCAAUAUCCACCUGCAAUGCAUUUUGGGCAGGCAGUUGACCAGCAUUUUUUUUUUUGAGGCAUGGAAUCAGCAUAAGGUUUUGGACCUAUGUGUUAUCGACUCUGAACUCAGAUUGGCUAUCGCUGAUUGCAAAGCUGAGCAGAGAUCACAUAUCAGAAACCUUGUCUGCGAAGGCGGCAGGGUGCCGCGGCACCCAUUGCUGUACAUUGCUGUGCUGCCGGAAAGACGGACAGAAAGUGCAUCUGCCACAGGUGGGAAUCUAGCUGCAGGGGCCAGCCAGAACAAAAGCUGUUACAACGGUGUUAAAGGUACAUUUUGUCAUUUUGUCCCUGGCUCUGCUUGUGUUAACUCCAUUUUGGCCUUCCCCCUCCCCUCUCCACCUUUUCGGUCAUUCUCCUUAGUCAAAUCGCCGCGGGCUUCGGAACCCAGUUUUAAAGUUGGUCCACCUUCACUCACUGGUUAUGUGAAGAGUCCGAGUAUCCUUGCAUGGGGAGGGAUCCUCCCAUGGCCAGCCCAGAAGACGGUCCCCUUUUGCGCUUUCCGUGUCUGGAUUACUGGGGAGUCGUGCGAGACCUGAUCCUGAAGGCCGUCCUGACGACGGAGGUAUGUAAUGAAUCCUAUGCAUCGUCCCGCCAACCCCUGCUGAAGGUCUGCUGGCGUGCUCCCAUGGUAUCUUUACCUUGGAAGGUGCACAGAUCGAUUCUCAACCCUGUCACUGUCCCCCUUUGCUGCCCAGAUAUCCCCAUGGCGCAUCUGGUCUUUUCACAGGGGACUAGCUUCCGCGAGGAGAGCGUUUCGCUUUUGGGAAUGGGAGUUUGAUGAAGACAGUGGAUGGGAGGACGACACUGUCGUUGUCGGAGACUGAAAUGGGUGUGCAGUGUUGGAACUCUGAUGGGUUUGGUUGUUCAAUGUGGCAGGGUGUUGAGCGCACUGAAAUGUAUAUAUAUAAUAGUUAUGUGACAAUAUAUAUAAUAGUGACCGGUUGGUCCUACCUAAAUUGCUGCUUGCCACAAGUCUGACUCAGUGUGUGGCAAUCGAAUUCUUAAAGAUGAUUCCGGUCUAUGAGUAAAACUGAUGUGCAGUA